AUGGUGAACGGCGAGCCGGCGGGGGCGGAGUGCACGCGGGCGUCGCUGCUGGGGAGGUAUGAGAUCGGGCGGACCCUCGGGGAAGGCAACUUCGGCAAGGUGAAGUACGCGCGCCACAUCGGCACCGGCGGCCACUUCGCCAUCAAGAUCCUCGACCGCAGCAAGAUCCUCUCCCUCCGCAUCGACGACCAGAUUAGAAGGGAGAUCGGGACGCUGAAGCUGCUCAAGCACCCAAAUGUCGUCCGCUUGCACGAGGUUGCUGCUAGUAAAACAAAGAUUUACAUGGUGCUUGAGUUUGUUAACGGAGGCGAGCUCUUCGACAGGAUUGCUAUAAAGGGAAAACUGUCUGAACACGAGGGCAGGAGGCUUUUCCAGCAGCUAAUUGAUGGUGUCAGCUACUGCCAUGAUAAAGGUGUCUACCACAGAGACCUUAAGCCAGAGAAUGUUCUUGUUGAUAGGAAAGGAAACAUCAAGAUCUCUGACUUCGGCCUUAGUGCUCUACCUCAACAUCUCGGGAAUGAUGGACUUCUGCACACAACAUGUGGCAGCCCCAAUUACAUAGCUCCUGAGGUUUUGCAAAACAGAGGUUACGAUGGCUCCUUGUCAGAUAUCUGGUCUUGUGGAGUAAUUCUUUAUGUGAUGCUUGUUGGUUACCUUCCUUCGAUGACAGGAAUCUUGUUGUUCUUUAUCAGAAGGUUGAUUUUCAAGGGAGACUGUCAGAUCCCAAAGUGGCUCUCACCUGCCGCACAGGACCUUCUUAAAAGGAUCCUUGAACCAAAUCCGAUGAAGAGGAUCAACAUCACAGGGAUCAGAGAGCAUGAGUGGUUCAAGAAGGACUAUGUACCUGCUGUUCCAUACGAUGAUGAUGAAGACGUCCUUCCCGGUUCAGUUCUCUCAAUAAAAGAGCAAAUUGAUGAACCAGCACAAGAAAAGUGUACUCAUAUCAAUGCUUUUCAGUUGAUCGGAAUGGCUUCUUCCCUUGAUCUUUCUGGUUUAUUCGAGGAAGAGGUGUUUGAGCUUGGGCCAUCAUUAUAUGUUGUAGAACUUAGGAAAUCCCAUGGGGACUCCACAUUGUAUAGACAGCUGUGCGAGAGGCUCACGGAUGAGCUAGGGGCCUGCAAGACAGAGCAGAUUAUGAGGACUGAAUCACUGAGUGACGAUCUUUUGAGCCUCGAUGGCGAAGCGUUCCCUCUAUCUGGGUUCUGA